GCGCUGGCGCUGGCCGCAGCGCCCUGCCUAGCUCCCCGCCAGCUUUCCUAGCCCCCGCCUGCGGGAGCCGCCCUCCCGUGGGACCAGCACCCUCACCUCUAAGGCAAGCCUGAAUCCUGCCCCUGCCAUAUCGCCACUGCAGUGUAGGUCCGGAAAGGCACCAUUUUGUCGCCGCUGCCCGCUCUCCCAAGGGGAGGAGGGCUCUCCUUUUUUGCAUUUUGGAGCUGCUGCCUACCAAGGGGAACCUGUUGGGCAUCUCCCCAGACCCGCUUGGGAGUGACUCCUGGGAGGCCAGGCAGGACCAACACCUCGUGGGGGACACAGUGCCUCUUGGUACCCGGAGGCAGAGGAGGCAGGCACAGCAUCCUCGCUGGGAAUUGGAGCUGAAGUGAGCGCACCGUGCGGGAGGAGCCACCGCAGCCGAGGAGAACGAAGUGGAGGAGGUGACAGCUCCAUUGCCGGGUUUUUAUUUUCUUCUCUCUCCGCCUCCCCGUCUCCUCCUCAGGCUCGGACCAUGGUGCAAUCCCACUGGCUCCCCUGCCCCCCUCUCCUGUGAGACUGGCUGCGGGGUGGGAUCAUGGAUACUUGUCUGCCGGCUUUUGGUUCCCACGCAAGUAAGCCUGCUGUCAAUGGAGGAGGACAUUGAUACCCGCAAAAUCAACAACAGUUUCCUGCGCGACCACAGCUAUGCGACCGAAGUUUGAAGGGCUGUGGGGAGAGGCUGAGAGAAUCCCAUCCUCUCCAAUGACCAAGAAGCAUUGCCUUGGGUGAGAGGAGGAAGCAGUUAAUAGGAAGCAGCAGUUAUGAACUAGGAACGCACAGGACACAAAGGGUACUAAUUGUUUACUGAGAAAACCUUUGUACAUCAUUCUGUUGUGUAGAGGAAACUGGAAGUUUGGUGCAAUGGCGGCUGACAUUAUCUCUACGGUAGAAUUCAACCACACGGGAGAGUUACUAGCGACAGGGGACAAGGGGGGUCGGGUUGUAAUAUUUCAGCGAGAACAGGAGGUGCUUGUGGAGGAGCAAACUCCAGAUGUUGUCUUGGGAUCUAUCCUCCGGGUGUUGAAAUUCAGUCUCCCUUCACUUCAGAGUAAAAACCAGGUUCAUCGUAGGGGUGAAUACAAUGUUUACAGCACAUUCCAGAGCCAUGAACCCGAGUUCGAUUACCUGAAGAGCUUAGAGAUAGAAGAAAAAAUCAAUAAGAUAAGAUGGCUCCCUCAACAGAAUGCAGCUUAUUUUCUUCUGUCUACCAACGAUAAAACUGUGAAGCUGUGGAAAGUCAGUGAGCGUGAUAAGAGGCCGGAAGGCUACAACCUGAAAGAUGAGGAGGGCCGACUCCGGGACCCUGCUACCAUCACAACCCUUCGGGUGCCCGUCCUGAGACCCAUGGACCUGAUGGUGGAGGCCACCCCACGGAGAGUGUUUGCCAAUGCGCACACAUACCACAUCAACUCCAUCUCUGUCAACAGCGACUACGAGACCUACAUGUCCGCUGAUGACCUGAGGAUUAAUCUGUGGAACUUUGAGAUAACCAAUCAGAGUUUUAACAUCGUGGAUAUCAAGCCAGCCAACAUGGAGGAGCUCACAGAGGUGAUCACGGCAGCCGAGUUCCACCCCCAUCACUGCAACACCUUUGUGUACAGCAGCAGCAAGGGGACAAUCCGGCUGUGUGACAUGCGGGCAUCUGCCCUGUGUGACAGGCACACCAAGUUUUUUGAAGAGCCGGAAGAUCCAAGCAACAGAUCGUUUUUCUCUGAAAUUAUCUCCUCAAUUUCGGAUGUGAAGUUCAGCCACAGUGGGAGGUAUAUCAUGACCAGAGACUAUCUGACCGUGAAAGUCUGGGAUCUCAACAUGGAAAAUCGCCCCAUCGAGACUUACCAGGUUCAUGACUACCUCCGCAGCAAGUUGUGCUCCCUCUAUGAAAACGACUGCAUUUUUGAUAAAUUUGAGUGUGUGUGGAAUGGGUCAGACAGUGUCAUCAUGACGGGCUCCUACAACAACUUCUUCAGGAUGUUUGACCGAAACACCAAGCGUGACGUGACCCUUGAGGCCUCGAGGGAAAACAGCAAACCCCGGGCUAUCCUCAAACCCCGAAAAGUGUGCGUCGGAGGCAAGCGAAGAAAAGACGAGAUCAGUGUCGACAGUCUGGACUUUAGCAAAAAGAUCUUGCAUACAGCUUGGCAUCCUUCAGAAAAUAUUAUAGCAGUGGCGGCUACAAAUAACUUAUAUAUAUUCCAGGACAAGGUUAACUAGGAGGACAAGCUAUUACUUAGUCUCACAUACUGAAUACUAGUCAAACAAGUUUUUGAAUGUUUCUUUGGGUCUUCAUUUGAUGCAUUGAGUUUCAUUUCCCUAUGCAUAAAACAAUUGGAAUAGGAUAAAAAGGAGUUCAAUGUUCCUAGCUCCCCAAUUCUAAGAAACUUUUGUCAAGCUCGGUAGGCUCAGGCCACUUUUGUUUAGAAUCAAGAGCUGCCAACUGGCACUAAUUCUUCCAUAGUCAACUUGAAUUUCUGAUGCGUUCAUUCAUUGCCCAGUUUUCUCUGGUGGGUUCCGUGUUUUGUUUCUAGGUGUCUGAUGCGAUAAAAUGAGAUUGUCUGUAGUAUUUAAGAAGAAAAGACAUAAGGAUUUUUUUUAAUUAAGCAAUUCCAUUUGUUUGAAAAAAAUCAACAAAAAAUAAACACUGUUUACUCUUA